GAAAAAUUCAAGCUAACCCCAAAACCCAUUUAGUUCGAGAUUACAGCCAGUCAGCCACCAUUCAUGGCGGUGGCCGGUCAAUAGACCCAUUUAACUUCAAUACACUAUUCGUGGAGCUAGAAACCACACCUGUGCUUGUGAUUCUGCUCUCUCCCUUUCCUAAUUCUCCACCCUAAAUUCGACCGAAAUUCUUGUGCAAGGGCUUCCACAUUUCCAGCAGAAAUGCUUCAGCUGUUCCUUUGCCAGCCUGCCUGGGACCAUGACACCAGGAAUGAUGAAUAUAGUAAGCAGAGAAUAUCACUUCUUGAUGAAUUAGAACAAUCAAUCUGGUCAUUUAUUUCAUCAGGAAGCCGAUCAGAAGCCCGGCUGUGGCUUUGUAACACAAUAUCAAGCAUAAACUCCAUCCGGCCCCGCCAUCAACGAGACUUGUUUCUGAGCCUACUGAGAUCUAAGCCAAUCAAGAGGAACUUAGCAUCACAACUUCUGCAAUUGAUCUUUCAGAAGCAACCACAAAAGGUGGGGCCUAUAAUAGCAAGGAAAAGCUGCAAGCUGGAGAAUUUUUUUAAAGGAAAUUCUAGGCGCAUCCUACAGUGGUUCUCUAAUUUUGCUGGUACUAGUGGCUCUGAUCAUGGACAAGGUGCUAAAGCAUUAUCCCAGUUUGCUUUUGUAAACCGAGAUAUUUGUUGGGAGGAGCUGGAGUGGAAAGGUAAACAUGGGCAGAGUCCUGCCAUGGUUGCAACAAAGCCCCAUUAUUUCCUUGAUUUAGAUGUUCUGCGAACUGUUGAUAAUUUUCUAGAGUAUGUACCUGAAUUCUGGUCAUCCCGUGAGUUCUCUGAGUCGUUAAAGGAUGGUAGCAUUUUGCUAAUUGAUACACAAUAUUUUGUUGACUUGUUUACUGACCUGAUGUAUGAAGAGGACCUAGAAGAAGUUUGGGAAGUUAUUGAUGAAUUCCUCAUGGAGCAAUCUUUCUCAUUCUUAUGCCAUCACCUUCUGAUCAUUCUCGAAGAGCAAGAUUUGUGUCAUUUCCUGGAUCUGGUACCGAAAUAUCUUAGACAAAAAUCAGAAAUAGUUGGGCUUGGCAGUGCAUCUGAAUGGUUUGAAGCGAUACUUUCAAAAUACAGUGCUUCUACUACCAUAGAUCAGCUACUUCUGCUUAUUGCUGUGACUAGUCAAGGUCGCCAUCUCCUGCGGCUUGUUCAGGAAGAAGGUAGCGAGGAACAAAAACAAAAGAUAAAGGAUGUGGUUUCUCAGCUUUGUGAACUGUCAAAUCAUGCCAAUGAUUUGGAAGCAAUAUUGAAAGAAGGCCUAAAUAGCAACCCCUUAGUCGUCAUAAAAAGGUUGGGUGUGCAGUCCUGGGCAAUAUAUUAUUGGCUAUCACGAGAAUUUCACAAGACUGAAUCCUGGGAGUCUUUGUUUGUCAGCAAUGGAAUAAAAUUUCGCCAGUCUGACAAGUAUGCUAUGCUACAUGAUGAUGACUUUCCCGAAGAUGGAUCAGAUUAUGAUAGAGGAUCUAGAGUAAGCCUCAAGCGCAAGAAGCAUAGAAAACACAAAAGAAGACAUCGAAAUAUCAAUCCUACUGAAGAUUAUGAAGAUGAGUUGGUUGGACAUGAUAUAUUGAAUAACAGGCUAGAUCUGCAAUCCAAGGUGGGUGAUUGGUUGCUCUCAACUGAUGGCUAUUCUUCUGUAUGGAGCAGUGUGGAUCUGCCAGAGCAUCUUUCAAGGCAUUGCUUUAUUGUGUGGCUGAAGUGGAUGUUUGCCAAGAGCGAGAUGGUGCCUUAAUUUUUUGGUCUAGGACUAUUGGGCAAAUUUCUAGUGGAAAUAUCAUUAUAUUUCCCUUUUGGCAGAGAGAGCUCUUCGUUAAAAUGUUUCAAGGACCACAUAUGGUUUUAGCAGUGAAGUUGCACUACCGCAUGAAACAGGAAAGCAGUAGAAACCUAUUUGUCUUGUCCAGUGUAUUGAAAGUCAGGAGCAUUUGCAUUGACCGCAGAAAUGUCCAGCAAUGAGAACUUAAAAGAACAAGCCCCAUUUGGCUCCUGCGCCGAUCAAUGAUUUGCCAGUAGCUGCUUCUUGAAAGUGAGAGUUGAAGUAUGUGCUCGUCUUCUCUAUCCCAUAUUGGAUAAGUGUUUUUACUCUCUUUGGGAAGUGGGGUUUUAUGCUCACGUGCUUGAGACAAAAAAAGUUAUGGUGGCCAUUUCGUUGGGCCUGUGUACAUUUGAAGUUCUCUUAGUUAUAAAUUCAUUGACAAAUAUUUCCCAAUGAAAUUAUUCUGAAUGUUUCUUGAUGUAUGAGUUGCACCUUAUUUGUCUCUGUCUUUGGGAAUUGGGAUCCUAAAUCCAAUUCCAAUGAUGCUCCAGAAUAGGUAAAAAACUCUGUUAUGCCACCCAUUAUUUUUGUUCUUUUACUGAGUUUGAUAGAGUAUAAUUGUUCAACA